GUCUGACACCUUGAAACGUCUCGCCAUCGCCAGCAAUGUGGAUCCAGCGGUAGACUCGAGUUCCAGAUAUCUGGAUGUUGGACGGGUGGAGUUUUCGAACAGCACCACGUUGGACCUUGCAAAAUCCAUAGGUUUCAAGAACAAAGAGGUGUACUGCGUGGCACCCAUUGUGAACAACGCCUCCAAGGCACCUGCGACCUACGACUAUUGGGCAGUCGGAUUGAAUUGCUGUGACGAGAAUGGCUUUCGCUGCGGCGAAUAUAAGAAGCCCAAUGCGCGUAGUGGCGUGCGACUUCUGAACGAGGAGCAACGAGAGUUCUACACCCUAGCAGUGAACGAAGCCGAGGCGACCUUUGGAAUCAAAACCGCUUUGCCACUCUUCUUCUUUUGGGUGGAGGACUCUGAAGCCCUACAAAGGUCUUGGCAGGCCAAAACCAUCGAGUACUGGUUGCUGGCGGUUGUGACCUUCGCAGCCUUUCUCUUUGCUGCAGUUGUGGCCGGGGUGGCCUUCUUUGAGGUCUUCCUCGCGUGUCGCAGCUGUUGCCGUGGCUGUGUUGCAUGCACCCUGCAGCGGCCGCGAAGAUGUCAUAGCGCAGGCAGCUUGGAGCUGCCCAAACGUGAGCGUGUCGAGAGGCUGUCCACCAGGCACUGGCACGGCUGGACAGAGGUGGCCCACGUGGCUCCAGCGCCCGAGCGGCCCGAGCUGAAACGGCUGCAGCAGCGGGAAGCGCUGCUGCAGCGAAGGCUUCGAUGCUGGCUGCGGAGCCGAGGACGGCGGCAGGCUGACAGCCUGGCUUGGGCUGCACUGAAUCUAUGGGCACAGAAUGCCAAAGAACGACGCCUGAGCUCGGCUCUGGAAGAAACUGCCAAGCUCCGACGGGGCAUACGGAUAGCUGAGCUGGAGCAGGCCUGCGCACGGAUGCAACUCCGAUGUUUGUUGCUGUGGCGAGCAAGGGUACAAGUCCAUGCUCAAGAGGACCAACGCGCAUUUCUCCUGGCACAUUUGGAGAGCAGCGAACGCUGUGUUUCCGUCUUGGAGGCCUGGACUCGGGGCUUGGAGGUGUCCUUGCUGAGGGCUUUCCAUCGGGCUUGGGCUUCCCUGUUGUUGAAGCCGGCAGCGAAGGCCAUUCAACUGGCCUCGAGUCGCAACAGAUCGACAGGUCUCCGACAGACUUUUCACCUUUGGGUGGAGCGACAUCGUUGCGGCAAACAUUGCGACCUUCUGGAGAAAGCACUUGGAGGUCGCCAGGCGAUGUUGGAGGCCCAGGGCGUGCGGACGUUGAUGACGCUGUGGCGACUUGGGGCGCUUGGCAGAGCGCGAGAGCGUGCCCUCAGACUCCAGCACCAGCAGCAGCAGCGACGGCGACAGCGGCAGAUGCUGGCCAUGCUGCUGAAGACGCGAGGUUUGAUGCUGCAGAGGCUUUCCCUCUGUUCCUGGCGAAUGCUGUUGUCCUUCCAGGGAAAGGAGGAGAGGCGAUUGAAGCUGGACUUGCUGUUGCAGAAGGCGCUUGGACGAAGCAAAGGGUUGACCUUUGGAGCCUGGAAGAGCCAUGUAGCUCUGUUGCGGCAGGCACUGGCGCAGCAACGGCGCAGCGUGUUGGCCGCA